UGCUAUGAAAUUCACAAAUCAGCAACCUUAGCAUGGAUCCCUACUGUUACUAGUUUCACCCAUCAUCGGAUAGUUCUUUCAAACUACACAUUUAUCAGUAAAUACAACAUUUCAGAGAAAUUGGCAGAGUAUACUAUACUCAACUUAACCCCAGGUGGCACAUAUAAUUUUACAGUCCAGAGGAUGAAAGGAAACAUUGAAGGUGCUUUUGCUUCUAUGCUCAUAGUUGUAGAACCCGAAAAGCCAAUAGAAGUUAAAGCCUUCAAUAUAUCAUCACAAUCCUUUUCACUACGCUGGAGGAAACCGUAUGGACUGGUGGAAAGAUAUCGAGUGGAUCUUUUUCCUCCACAUGGCUUUGUUACUGUCAGAGAUCUCGGAGGUGGGGAGUAUCAGGCCGAUGUUUCCAGCUCUGCUCCUGGUACGUUGUACACUGUAACAAUUUCUUCAAUGUCAUCUUCAGCUCUGAGUUCACCUGUCAGCAAGUCGUUGGUCACUAACGAAACUAUUCCAGGGCCACCUUUGUAUCUAGCCGGAGAAAGAGUUGGUUCUGCAGGAAUUCUUCUGUCCUGGAAUAUACCUAAAAAUCCAAAUGGAAAGAUUCUAGAAUACUCAGUUAUUUACAGAGAGGUUUGUCCUUGGGUACAAUCUUUAUAUUCACUGGUAACAAUAGCACCAGACAGCCUCGAAGUUCUGUUGACAAGUUUGACCCCCGGAACAACUUAUGAAAUAAAGGUGGCAGCUAAAAACAGUGCUGGCACUGGGUCAUACAGUGAAUCAUUUCUAUUUCAGACUGCAGAAAGUGCUCCUGGCAAAGUUGUGAAUCUGACCGUUGAAGCAUUAAAUUCAUCUGCAGUAAAUCUUACUUGGUUUUUACCAAGGCAACCACAUGGAAAGAUAACAAAUUUCAAAAUCAGUGUUAAGCAUGCAAGAACCGGAAUAAUAGUUAAAGAUACCACUGUGAAAGUAGAAGAUAUUUUGAAUGGAGCAUUACCAGAAUGCAAUGAUAAAAGUAAUAAUUUUUUAUGGAGCACAACAAGCCCCCCUUCAACACUUGGUCAACCUACAACCACUGUUACUUCAAUAUCUCGAACUGCAACCUCUAGCACAUUUAACAGUAUCUGGAAUGAGCCAAUCACAUUUAUUGUGGGACAACUUCGACCAUACACAACUUACCUGUUUGAAGUUUCAGCUGUUACCAAUGAGCCAGGAUACAUCGAUAGCACAAUUGUCCGGACACCAGAGUCAGUCCCUGAAGAUCCUCCACAAAAUCUAGCUAAGGGCAACAUCACAGCAAGAUCAUUUUCUGUUACAUGGGAUGCUCCAACUAUUGUCACUGGGAAAUUUAGCUACAAGGUCGAACUUUAUGGACCCAGUGGUCAUAUUUUCGAUAACAGCACAAAGGAUCUCAGAUUUACCUUCUCUAACCUCACACCAUUCACGACCUAUGAUGCAUACAUCAGUGGGGAAACAAGUGCAGGUGUUGGGCCCAGAGCCAACAUAUCUGUUUACACUCCAGCAGAAGUACCGAGUGCUGUGUCUGACUUAUAUGCAAAAGAAGUGGAGUCUGAUUUUAUGACAGUUGAAUGGCGAAGACCACCACAACCAAAUGGUAUCAUUAUCCAAUACCGAGUUAAGGCACAGGUCAAUGCCACAGGAGUAGUCAUUGAAAACACAAUUCUCACAGGAAACGCUAAGGAUUCUAACAACCUACACUAUGUCAGCUCAACCCCAAUGGAUGAAAAUAUCAAAACUCCAUACUUUGGGAGAGAAGGAGUAACAGGGGUUUACGAAGGAUCAGCUGAUCUGUAUUCAACAUUUCAAACAAUGUCCUACGUCACAUUACAUACCGGUAUGAAUGGUAAAACAGUUACUGAGAACAUACUGUAUGGCAUCAACAUUGAAGCACAACAGCUGAGUUAUACGGUUGGGAAACUUACACCUUACACUGAAUAUACGAUUAGCGUGUCUGCUUUUACCAUUAUAGGAGAGGGACCACCAACAGAUAUUUUAGUAAGAACCAGUGAACAAGUUCCCAGCUCAGUGCAAAACAUACGUUAUCAAAACAUUAGUUCAACAUCUAUUAUGGUCUUUUGGGAUCCUCCUUCAGAGCCAAAUGGAAUGAUAACUCAUUAUACAGUUUAUGCUAUGGAGGUUCAUACAAGUGAAGCUUUCCAUGUGAUCACAAGCAACAACAGCAUCCUCAUGACAGGUUUAAAAAAGUAUACGGAUUACAAAAUGCGUAUCGCGGCAUCCACAGGAGCUGGUGAGAGUGAUUUGUCAAAAGAAAAUGAUAUCUAUGUGAGAACACUUGAAGAUGAACCAGAAUCACCACCUCAGAAUUUAAGUGUAAGUGAUGUUAAUGCUACUAGCAUUGCUCUGGAGUGGAUGCCACCAUUACAACCCAAUGGGAUUAUCACGCACUAUGAAAUUCUUUACACAAAUUCAACUUCCAUUUUUGCUCUAAACACCACGUCUACGGUGUUCACUUUAAGGAAUUUAAACCCAUAUACUCUCUAUAGUAUUUCAGUUCAAUCCUAUACCAGAUUUGGACAUGGAAACAAAACAACAGCUGCAAUGUCUGUUAGAACAUCUGAAACGGCACCAAGCAGUCCACCAUAUAAUGUGCUGUACAGAAAUAUUUCUUCUACAAAAGUGCUGCUUACGUGGGAGCCUCCAAUGCAUGCAAAUGGAAUUAUACUUUUUUACAAGAUCAACUAUUGGAACUCCUCACAUUAUCUGACAAGCACCAGUAAUAUAUCAUCAGUAAUAUUAUCUGAUCUCCGGAAAUAUUCACAGUAUCAGGUUGUUGUAUCAAGUCAUACUAUACAUGGGGAUGGAAACCAGACCAGCUCAGUUAUAUAUGUGAACACUUUGGAAGACGUUCCUGAUGAUGCACCUCAUAACCUGUCCUACAGAAAUCUAAACUCUACUUCCAUACAGCUGUUUUACUCUCCACCUUCUUCUCCUAAUGGGAUUAUAAUAUUAUACUUAAUCACUUGUGUAGGAACUGAUGGAAGUUCUAAGCAUUUCAGUAGUAGUAGCGGCUCUGUAAUUCUUACUGACCUCAGAAAGUAUACUGAUUACCAGGUCACUGUUAAAGCACGUACAUCAGCUGGGACUGGAAUGGAAUCAAGUAGACCACUUUUUGUAAGAACUGAUGAAGAUGUACCCGAUAGUGCACCAGAAAGAAUAAGCUACAGGAAUAUAUCAUCAACUGAAAUACUGGUUUCCUUUUUGCCCCCAUCUACACCAAAUGGAAUCAUAAGCUAUUAUACAAUAUAUAUUAAAUGGCUGAAUGGGACAACAGAGAGAGAAGUCAACACUACUCAACGUUUUCAAAAUAUUACAGGAUUGAAGAAGUAUACUAGCUAUAUUCUCAUGGUUUCUGCAAGCACGAUUAAAGGAGAAGGAGUAUCCAGUGCACCCCACAUUAUUAUUACAGAAGAAGACGCUCCGUCAUCUCCCCCACUCUCCCUCUACGUAACACAGUCAUCUAGUAUGAUUGUGAAGUUGUCAUGGAAACAACCUCUUGAGCCAAAUGGAAAUAUUCUUUUCUACACAGUUUACAUCUGGAAUGAAGACUCUAAUAAAACCAUUCAAGUAACAGACACCUCAAUAGAGUUGAUGGACUUGGAAAACAACAAAGAAUAUUAUACAUAUGUUACAACAAGUACACGUUUUGGUGAUGGGAAUGUAAAAAGUCUUACUCAUAAAUUCAGAACUGCAGAAGGAGCUCCAAGUGAUCCUCCCAAGAAUGUGUCAUACAGAAACAUUACUUCUUCAUCAAUUAUGGUGUUCUGGAUUCCCCCAACGAAACCCAAUGGAGUUAUACAGUUUUAUUCAAUCUAUUAUAACAAUAUUACUGGCACUUACAUCAAGGCCGUCACUGAUGAUGACAUUAGUAGCUUUGUUUAUAAUACUGCUUUGUCUGCCAUUGUUGAUGGUCUGGCUAAAUACAGCCAGUACGAUCUAUGGAUUACGGCAAGCACUAUACACGGAGAUGGAAAUCAGUCUAGCGAGGUGAUCUCAAUUAAAACAGAACAAGAUAUCCCAGAAUCUAAUCCUAUGAUCAGUGAAUGCAGAAACCUUACAUCUACUAGUGUGCUACUAUCCUGGGAUCCUCCUGUGCAACCGAACGGUAUUAUAACUGGUUACUACUUACAGAUUUAUGGACCACAGGGAAAUGAUUCGUUAAACACAUCUCAAGUAUCCAUCAUCUUGAAGGAUCUUUUGCCAUUUACACAGUAUAUUAUAAAUAUUGCUGCAAGGACUGUUAAAGGAACUGGGCCAUAUAGCAAGAUUGUAUUCCUAACAGAUGAAGCAGAGCCAUCAUCUCCUCCUCAGAAUCUGACUUUUAUCAAUGCAAGUGAUAUCGCUGCAUGGUUUCAAUGGAGACCAAGUCCAAACCCUAAUGGUCUUGUACGUGUGUACAGCUUUAAAAUUAUGGAAAAAAGCAGUCAAUUCGUGUUCUUUAAGAAUAUAUCAGGUGAGAAAACUGAAGCAAAGCUCACAGAAUUAGAACCGUUUAAAACGUACUUUGCUAGUAUAUCUGCAUUCACAAAAGUCGGUAAUGGGAACCACUACAGCAAUAUUGUCACUUUUAGAACAAAAGAAUCAGCUCCAGGUUCCGUCCAGCACAUGCAGUGCACUACAACAAGUUGGCAAUCUGUUUUAGUCCAAUGGGAGCCACCUUUACGGCCAAAUGGAAUAAUAACUCAUUACAUCUUAACGUUUCAAAGCAUUACAACACAGGUCCCUGUAUCUGAUACCGUCUAUACUUUCAGAGACCUACUCCCUAAUGCAACUUACUAUUUCACCAUCAAAGCUGCAAAUUCAGCAGGAGAAGGCACAGAACAAGUGUGCAACUCCACUACUAAACCUGAAGAAGUUCCCAAUGCUCCAAAAGAUGUCAUUUUCUUUAAUGUUCAAUCUACAAGUGUAACAGUGAGAUGGAAUAGACCAGACAAUACAAAUGGCUAUUUAAGGAACUACAAAAUAACAAUACAACUCCUACGUACUGAGUGUAAUGACUGGGACAUUAAUGAAUGUGUUGAAGUUGAUCAAGACUUUUAUUCAUUUGAUGAUGGUUACACCAAUGAGAAGACUCUUUAUGGUUUGAAAAAAUUCAGAAGGUAUAAAUUCAAAAUUAGCGCUAGUACAAGUGCUGGAUAUGGGGCCCCUUCACAGUGGAUUCAUGUACAUACGUUAUCUGGUCCUGUAGACGGACCUCCAGAAAAUGUUACCGUAACAGCCAUAUCCCACGAGAGCAUUAACAUCAGCUGGAGAGCACCUUCGAUCAUCACUGGACCAACUUCAUUCAUAAUUAAUGUCACAUCGGUUGGUGAGGAUUAUAACCAUGUGUUUAUAAAAUGGAGCAAUGAAAGUCAAAACCUUUUGGUCUCUGAUUUGAAACCGUUCACCAAAUAUUCUGUGAUCAUUACGGCCUUCACUGGAGAUGUCCAAUCAGCAUUUACUGAGGGGCAGUCGAGCAGUGCAGUGACUGUCACAACUCUAGAAGCAGUGCCCAACGAACCACCAAAAAACAUAACUUUUCAGAAGAUUCCAGAUGAGGUUACAAAGGUUCAGAUGACUUUUAUUCCUCCGGAGGAAGCCAAUGGGAAGAUUCAAGUCUUCCAAGCCAUGGUUUAUAAGGAAGAUGAUCCUACAGUGUCACACAUCUACAAUCUAAGUAUUAUUAGGAGGAACAAUAACUCCAUCACCGCACUCAUUGAGGGACUUAAAGGUGGAUACACGUAUAACAUAAGUGUAUAUGCAGUGAAUGGUGCUGGAGCAGGACCAAAAAUACAGAUGAAAAUUACCACAGACAUUAAAGAACCUCCUAAACCUAUCAAGAAACCAGUGCCUAUGUAUGACUCGACUGGAAGUGUUAUAGCUACCUCCACCACUGUGACCAUUAAAAUGCCAAUAUGCUACUUCAGUGAAAAUAAUGGACCAAUCAAAAACAUUCAAAUUCUUGUUUCUGAAGUAGGAGCUCAACAUGAUGGGAAUAUCACCAAGUGGCAUGAAGCAUAUUUCAAAAAACCAAAGCCAUAUUUUACAAGUGAAGGCUUCUUAAAUCCUCCAUGUCUUGAGGGGAGAGAGAAAUUUUACAGUAAAGAGGAAAUGUAUGUCAUUGGGGCUGAUAAUACAUGUAUCCUUCAGAACAAUGAAGACAAAUUCUGCAACGGACCCUUAAAGCCAAGGAAACAGUACUUGUUUAAAUUUCGAGCAACGAAUAUUAAAGGACAGUUUACAGAUUCUGAUUAUUCUGAUGUGGUUAAGACUACAGCUGAGGGACUAUCUGAAAGAGCUGUAGAAAUAAUUUUAUCCGUCACCCUGUGUGUUCUCUCUGUUAUUCUGCUCGUUGCUGCAAUCUAUGCCUUUGCAAGAAUAAGACAGAAGCAGAAAGAAGGAGGAACGUAUUCCCCACGGGAUGCAGAAAUCGUCGACACAAAAUUCAAGCUGGAUCAAUUGAUCACUGUGGCAGAUUUGGAACUGAAGGAUGAGAGAUUAACAAGGUAUUCUUCAUUUUUCUUUAGACGCAAAGACAUAUAUGUCAUCCAGUUACUUAGUUAUAGAAAAUCACUCAAGCCUGUAAGCAAGAAAGGUUUUCUCCAAUAUGUUGAAGAGCUCUGCGCUAAUAACAACCUAAAGUUUCAAGAAGAAUUUUCGGAUCUUCCUAAAUUUCUUGAAGAUCUAGCAGUAUCUGAUGCUGACCUGCCUUGGAACAGGCCAAAGAACCGCUUUACAAACAUUAAGCCAUAUAACAAUAACAGGGUAAAACUUAUAGUGGACGCUGGUGUGCCUGGCUCAGAUUACAUUAACGCAAGCUAUGUGUCUGGUUACAUUUGUCCAAAUGAGUUCAUUGCAACUCAAGGACCAGUGGCUGGCACUGUUGGAGAUUUCUGGAGAAUGGUUUGGGAGACACGAGCAAAAUCUAUCGUAAUGCUUACUCAGUGCUUUGAAAAAGGAAGGAUCAGAUGUCACCAGUACUGGCCCGAGGACAAUAAACCAGUUACAGUUUUUGGAGACAUUGUCAUUACCAAAGUUGUGGAAGAUGUUCAGAUUGACUGGACCACACGUGACUUAAAAGUUGAAAGGCAUGGAGAUUUUAUGAUGGUACGUCAAUAUAACUUCUCAUCUUGGCCAGAGCAUGGGGUACCAGAAAAUGCAACACCUUUAAUUCAUUUUGUGAAGAUGGUUCGAGCAGGCAGACCUCAUGAAAACACACCAACUAUUGUGCACUGCAGUGCUGGGGUUGGGAGAACAGGAGUGUUUGUUGCAUUGGAUCAUUUAGUUCAGCAUAUUAACCACCAUGAUUUUGUGGACAUUUAUGGACUUGUAGCAGAGCUAAGAAGUGAGCGAAUGUGUAUGGUACAAAACCUGGCACAGUACAUAUUUUUACAUCAAUGUGCUGUGGACUUACUAGCAAGCAAAGGCAGCAAUCAGGCUGCAAUCUGUUUUGUAAAUUAUCCUGCUCUUCAGAAAAUGGACUCUUUGGAUGCCAUGGAAGGGGAUGUAGAGCUUGAAUGGGAAGAAACAACAAUGUAGAGAACAAUGAGAAUGUAAAAUGACACAAUAACUACAUCUUUCUUGUCACUGGAGCCAAAGAGUUCUGGUCUGUGGACAAGAAUAGCUGUGAAAACCAAUCAUUCCAAUGUUUCACUAUUGCUGUGCCUUAAAGUAAUGAUGGUAAUAAAAUUAUGUGCACUUAAUAAAACAAAGAACAAGCUCCCCUUGCACAGCCCCGAGUAACAUACCAAAAUGUGACUCGAUAUUUUUUGUUUUACUUUUUUUAUCUUGGAAGAGAUAAAACAGAGCCAAAGUUAAUGUAAAGUAUUACUGUCCUCUGUGUGGAUAUUUUGGUUUGAUUUCUGUUGUAUUUUUGAUUUGUUAUGAAUUAAAAAAUAAAUAAA